AUGAAGUUCUUCACCGUCAUCGUCUCUACCCUCGCCGCCAUGGUUGCCGCUGCUCCUGCCACUGCUCCCGCCAGCACUGAGCUUGACAAGCGUGCCUUCGCUUUCGAUAUCAAUGCCUUCAACGGCCUCAAGGGCUUCAACCAGGUCAACCUCAACUACCUCCUCAACAUCAACUCUCUGCAGAUUGGUCUCCUCGGCAACCUCGCCAACGUCAACAACUUCAACAUCUUGCAAUUCCAGGGUCUCUUUGCUCAGCAGAAGUUUGAUCUUCAGGCUCUCCUUCAGCUCCAGCAGCUCCACACCUUCCUCCAGAUCCACCAGCUCGGUGUUCUCAACGGCUUUGAUCUCAAGGGCCUCCAGCUCCAGCAGCUCCAGCUCGGUCUCCUCAACAAUGUUGGCCUGCUCGAUCUCCAGCAGUUCAUCUCCCCCAACGUCAUUGGCCAGGUCACCACUAUUGGCAACUCAGUCCGCCUCCCUGUCAAGGAGUAAACGGUGACCAUGAUGAAAAAGUAAUGCAACACCAUCCACCAUUCACCUCCACCACCCCCAUCAAAAACAUGACGAGAAACACCACUACAACCCACGAACCGAUUUCCUCCUCUCACCCACCGGGGGGGAGGGGGGGAAACGACAGCUUUACGACCCAACGAUAAUGACGACAAAAACGUGGGAAUGGAGAUAGGCAAAUCAGCAGCAGUGUGAUGUCAGCGGAAUUUCCUCUUUUUUCUUUUUUUUUCCUACAUGGAAAGUUGAGGGGGAUUUUUCAACGACGAGAAACUAGUUGAUAGAAUCAAUCUCUAUUUCUACACACUUUGUUUUUGUUUUUUGCCUAUCUCCUGGUGUAUUUCUUUUCUCGUCAGCUUAAUACUUUUUCUCUCUCCUCUGUUUCUGGUGUGUUUGCGGUAGAUUUAGCUUUUCUUUUUCUUUUUUUUUCUUGGAUUCAUGACACAGUACGAUGAUGGUAUUUUAUUUCUUUUGUAUGACAGACGACGAAAAGAGAGGGGAGAGGGAGAGGGAGAGGUAUAUAUGGGACAAACAGGGGUAGAAUGUGAUGAAUGUAAAUGCAAUGGGGGAAGGAGGAUUGGUGGGGAAAGCUGGGAUGGAUACAUAGUAGUUGAGUUGUGGGGAGAAUAUCAACCGGAUUGGUUUUUCCUGGACGUGAUGACUGUUUCGUUUUGAUUGUGAUUGUGAUUAUUGGUUUUGAUCAUGUUCUUUUGGGCAGGUAUUUUGAGAGUAGUGAUGGAUUUGACUUUUUUUUUUUUUUUUUUUUUGGAUGAUAAAACGUGAACUGAAAGAGGGGGAACCGCAUGAUGAAUGAACGGGACGUUGUGGAGCCG